AUGCCAUGCAGUCUGAGGCAAUGUCGGUUCUUUGCGAAGACCUCGGAGGCUCCUUUUGACUGGCUACAUGAUCACCUCGGUCGCUGGCUCCAGCUCUUGAGGCGCGUCAAGCGCACGGCAUGCUUUCCGAGCGGCAGCAACGAGAGCGAGAUGGAGAACGUCACCGGCCUUGGGGAGACCAGCGAUUCGGUCAUGCUGAGACGGCUGUCUAGCCAAGCUGAUGAUUCGGAUCCGCUGAAUGCUUCCGACGACAGUGGCAACAUGUCCGACGACAACAUGACCCUGGACAGUGACAACAUCACUAGCGACGAAGGUGACGAGAACGAAAGCAACGAGAGCAACGGCAGCAACGCCAGUUCUGGCCACACUGGCCAUGAGUGGUGGUACAUGCAGCCAGCCAUGGAAUCCUCCGGCUUGCAGGGAUGGUAUGCGAUUGACCUCAUGAGGGAGUGCCCAUCAGGACCCCCGCUGCGUGCUGCGGCCGAGGUCGUCAAAUGCCCCGAAGCGAUCCUGGAGCUCUUGGAGAGAUUCCUGCGCGAAACUCUGGUCUUCGGCAUCGAUGAGGACUACCGUGGCUGGUGCCCGCCAGAGCUCAACGUGACCAUGAACGAGAGCCAAUCAGAAAAUGAAUCCAUGGCAGAUUUGAACUUGAACUUCCUGGGCGAAGAGGAGCGACUUCGCGACCAGCUGGAUCGGCUCAGGCGCACGGAGGUGAGCCCCGGCAGCACCGUCUUCUUCGACAAGCCUGCCUGGGUGUCGGAAGAGGGCCGCCACGCCAGUAACUUGCAGUUUGUCCAUGCCCCACCCAAGCCUCAACCCCAAACCCCUCCCAUGCUCGCGGCAUUCGUUCAGAUCGGCGACUUCUUUGGAGCAAUGGACCGGGCUUCGUUGAACUACAGUGCCAUCAUCCAGAGGGAGUUCCAGCAAGUCCUGGUGGAAGCGGCUGCUCUCUCCUGGGCCCUUUGCUCCCAGACGCGGCGCUGCGACAGGUUGGCUCUCCUUUUCGUCUUGGAAGUUGCUCAGGCAGCCCUUCAACGUUGGUUUCUCCGAGUGGGACAUGGAGACCGCGUUCGACCAGAAGGGCACGAUGAGCUGCUGUCUGAAGUGCAUGUUGAGUUGGGCCUGGUCGACCGGAUGCCAGAGCGUCCGACCUUCCUUCAUUGGCACAACCGCAUUGCAAUCUUUCCAGCUCCCACUGUGUCGACGGUCUGGCCACGAGGCGCAUCCAUCGAGCAGCGGGCUCGUAUCAUGGCCUACGGCCGCCACUUCCACCCGUCGCUGGAGCCGCAGUGUUUGGUGGAGAGCAACCAAAGCUGGGCCGCCUUCCCCGCAGUGCAGGUGUCGGAGACCGGCUUGCGGUGUGCUCUCACGCCGACGAGGUAUGGAAGGCACAUGGAGAAUUUGACCUUCGCAUUUGCAUCUCGAGUGAAGGUGGCUGGCGUUCGCAUGCGAACCGAGCGGACUCAUUUGGGAGCUCCAGAGGUGAGGGACUGCGGCAACGAGUCCAUUGAGAUGGAAGUGUGGGAGGAGUAUGAUGAAGAUGAGAUGCCAGAAAUGGGCAACGACAGCAACGUGUCCAACUCCACGGUCGGAAUGAGUAGUGCUGGAAACGCCACAGAGAAGCGGGCAAUGCGGGCAAGGUACUUCCAGUACACGAACUGCUCUUACCAGGUCGAACCAGAACCAGAAACACACGUCUCCGACGAGAUGGUGGCCCCACUGGGGGUUGGAUACAACACCGAGGUGAUGUAA